CUCGGAUGGGCCUUGUUUUCCCGAACUAACUAGAUAAGCGAGCGUUUAGGAAGGAACGCAACAUCUUGCAGGUCUCUUCUGAAACAAGUAUGGUGGAGGUAUUGCCGUUCUGUCUAAGAUUCACAGAGAGAAUGGUUUAGCUGAUGCUCUUUCAUAGUUAGCACACCAGAAUCGCAAUGGGGAGACUCUAUUAGCUCCGCUUACACUCUUGUACGCUUUCCGCUGCGCGAAUUUCUGAAACGCAGAGCUUCGAAGCAGCAUAAGUAGAAGCAACCGAAGCUCUCUCCAACUCUUUCUUGAUCUUGCUCUGCUCUGUGAUUGCCAUGGCGGCGAAAGCAAGUCCUUCAUCGAACCUCCACAAAUCCGUUGCCAUUUCUAAGGGAUACAACUUCGCCUCAACUUGGGAACAGAAUGCUCCCCUCACCGAGCAGCAGCAAUCUGCGAUUCUUUCACUCUCUCGUGCUGUUGCUGAGCGGCCGUAUCCUGCCAAUCUGGCCCUAGAGCAUGCCCCAAGACCGGAGAAUGGCGGCUUGACUGUCUCUACUAAGGACAGUGCUACGAGAGAAACUCAAGGAAUUGAAGCAGUUUUAGUCAAUACGAAUCAAUUUUACAAGUGGUUCACAGAUCUUGAAUCAGCCAUGAAAUCUGAGACAGAGGAAAAGUAUCAGCACUACGUGAGCACAUUAACAGACCGCAUUCAGACUUGUGAUGAUAUACUUCGCCAGGUUGAUGAAACACUAGACCUUUUCAAUAGCUUACAGUUGCAGCACCAAGCAGUAGCUACAAAGACAAAGACUCUCCAUGAUGCUUGCGAUAGACUGGUAGUAGAGAAGCAAAGACUAGUGGAAUUUGCAGAUGCACUUCGCAGUAAACUGAGAUACUUUGAUGAAUUGGAGAAUAUUUCUUCCAAUUUUUAUUCUCCAAACAUGAAUGUUGGAAAUGGAAACUUUCUACCUCUACUGAAGCGGCUGGAUGAGUGUAUAGCGUAUGUUGAAAGCAAUCCACAAUAUGCCGAAUCAAGUGUUUACUUGCUCAAAUUUCGGCAACUGCAGUCUCGAGCCCUCGGCAUGAUUCGCUCUCAUGUUCUUUCAGUCUUGAAAGGCGCUUCUUCUCAGGUCCAAGCAGCUAUCCGGAGCUCUGGUGGCAGUAAAUCAUCUAUGUCUGAAGGUGUGGAAGCAUCCGUUAUCUAUGUUCGGUUCAAGGCAGCUGCUAGUGAGCUCAAACCUAUACUGGAGGAGAUUGAAGGUAGAUCUGCUAGAAAAGAACACGUACUGAUGCUUGCAGAAUGCCAUAAGUUGUAUUGCGAGCAGAGGCUUUCGUUGAUAAAAGGCAUAGUGCAGCAACGGAUAUCUGAGUUUUCCAAGAAAGAAGCUUUGCCAUCAUUAACUAGAUCUGGUUGUGCAUAUCUGACACAGGUAUGUCAACUUGAGCAACAGCUCUUUGAUCACUUUUUCCCAUCUUCUUCAGAAGAUAUCUCUAGUUUGGCUCCACUGAUAGAUUCUCUGGCAACAUACUUGUAUGACACCCUACGACCAAAACUUAUACAUGAGACAAAUGUUGAUCUUCUGUGUGAACUUGUUGAUAUACUAAAAGUUGAAGUCUUGGGAGAGCAGCUUAGCAGGAGAAGCGAGUCACUUGCUGGGCUGCGUCCGACACUGGAAAGGAUUUUAGCUGAUGUUCAUGAACGCCUGACAUUCCGUGCUCGAACUCAUAUCCGUGACGAGAUAGCAAAUUACAUUCCAUCUGACGAAGACUUGAAUUACCCUGCCAAGCUAGAACGGAUUCAUGAGACAACGUCUGAAACUUCUUCGGUUGAUGAAAAUACAGAGCUGUUUAAAUCUUGGUAUCCGCCUCUGGAGAAAACUUUAUCAUGCCUUUCUAAGUUGUACCGUUGUCUUGAACAAUCUGUGUUCACUGGUUUGGCACAGGAAGCAGUGGAAGUUUGUGCUGAUUCCAUUCAAAAAGCUAGCAGGCUGAUUGCUAGGAGAACCACAGCAAUGGAUGGGCAGCUUUUCCUUAUUAAGCACCUUCUAAUAUUAAGGGAGCAGAUUGCACCUUUUGAUAUAGAGUUCUCAGUCACACACAAGGAGCUAGAUUUCUCUCAUUUACUGGAGCACCUGAGACGGAUACUUAGAGGUCAGACCUCACUAUUUGAUUGGUCAAGAUCAUCCUCUUUGGCAAGAACCUUAUCUCCUAGAGUGCUAGAAAGCCAAGUUGAUGCCAAAAAGGAACUUGAGAAAAGCCUAAAGGCCACGUGCGAGGAGUUCAUCAUGUCGGUCACUAAAUCAGUUGUUGAUCCAAUGCUCUCAUUUGCAACAAAGGUGACGGCAGUGAAAGUUUCCCUGUCUGCGGGUAGUCAGAAUCAAAGAGCAGAUUCUAUCAUGGCCAAGCCGAUCAAGGAUCAAGCUUUUGCUUCUCCCGAGAAGGUGGCUGAACUUGUUCAGAAGGUUCAUGCUGCCAUCCAGAAAGAGCUGCCACCGGUGAUGGCCAAAAUGAAGCUCUACCUGCAGAACCCUUCAACUCGAACGAUACUUUUCAAGCCCAUCAAAACGAACAUUAUCGAAGCUCACAUUCAGGUCCAGUCGCUGUUGAAAGCGGAGUACUCCCCUGAAGAGCAAACCACCAUCAACAUGGUGCCCAUUCCAGAAUUGCAAGCACAGCUCGACAAACUCCUAUGAGUCGGUUGUACUAUGUUAUGUAUAGUCUACACAAAACCUGCUUCUUCUUGCUCGUUUCCCAUCACCGGAUCUUUCAUCAACUAGUGCGUUCCUAAUGUGUUAUUUUGCUAUACAAAUUCGGUUUUUACGACAUUAUGCGGGAACUGUAAUGUCGUGUUUAUUUCUGUAGGAUUUGAUGCUGGGUUUUCCGAUGUCGUGUUAUUUUGCUAUACAAUUUUGGUUUUUACGACAUUAUGAGUAAACCGUCAUGAGGCAAAUUAAUUUCUUAGGAUGCU